CCUGUGAGUUAUGACGUCAUCACCGUACAUCAGUCCGCUGCCCAGCCCAAGGUCACCCACAAGCCCGGUCAGCCCGAGUCGCUGCGUUAAGGUCAAGAAAAACCCGUUCAGCAAUCCAGACAUGCCUGGGUAUGUAGGCUUCGCCAAUCUCCCCAACCAAAUUCACAGAAAGUCUGUCAAGCGUGGCUUUGAAUUCACUCUGAUGGUUGUUGGUGAGAGCGGCCUUGGCAAGUCAACUCUGAUCAACACCCUUUUCCUUACCGAUCUGUAUCCUGAUCGUGUUAUGCCCUCAGCUCAAGAAUGCAUUGAGAAGACUGUCAAGAUAGACGUGUCAACUGUAGAGAUUGAAGAGCGAGGUGUAAAGGUGCGACUGACGGUUGUUGAUACACCAGGUUAUGGAGAUGCCAUUGACAACACUGACUGUUUCCAGUCCAUCAUCAGUUAUAUCAAUGACCAGUUUGAGCGCUACCUGCAGGAUGAGUCUGGCCUCAACCGUCGCCACAUAGUUGACAACAGAGUCCAUUGCUGCUUCUACUUCAUCAACCCUGCUGGCCAUGGGUUAAAGCCCUUGGACAUCCAGUUCAUGAAGCAACUCCACAACAAGGUCAACAUUGUUCCCGUCAUUGCAAAGGCUGAUACCCUUACCAAGCAAGAGGUGGCUAAACUGAAACGAAAGGUAUUGGAUGAGAUAGAAGAGAAUGGUAUCCACAUUUAUCCACUCCCAGACUGUGACACAGAUGAGGAGGAGGAUUAUAAGGAGCAGGUGCGAUUACUGAAGGAGGCUGUGCCCUUCGCAGUGGUGGGCUCCACAACUGUGCUGGAUGUGGGUGGCAAGAAAGUCAGAGGGCGGCAGUACCCUUGGGGUGUCAUCGAGGUGGAGAAUCCCAAUCACUGUGACUUCAUUAAGCUCCGUUGUCUAUUAGGCACCCAUAUGCAGGACCUAACAGAAGUCACGCAAGAUGUACACUACGAGAACUACCGGUCAGAAAGGCUGGCAAAGGGUGGGUCAGCUCCCCUGACAGCAAGUGCUGCUGCUACUACCAAUGCUAACUCUGUUGCAGCUCCACCAAAAAAACAAUCGCCAACAGCAAUGGUAAGCGGUCCAGACAAGGAGCGAAUGGCCAUGGAGCUGCAGGAGAAGGAGGCUCAGAUCCGAAAGAUGCAGGAGAUGAUGGCCAGGAUGCAGGCCCAACUCCAGGACAAAAAAUAAACUCUAGGCUGUAUAGGAGGAAUGUUUCAAACUGCAAAUCAAAUGUAAUAUAUAUG